AUGGUGAUAUCCAAUGCGGAUAUCGACUGUCGUAUUACAUUGGUGGGAAAUGAAUUCGAUCAACGACAUAUUCGAGUUGUUUCAUCGAAUGGUGCUAAACGAUUUGCUGACGAAAGAAAUAUUCAGUACAUUGAAACAUUAGCAUCAGAUUCUACGAAUGUUGAACCAGCUUUCCAAAAUCUUAUUAUUGAUAUUUAUCGACACUGA